ACUGAAAUUUUGAAAUUGUCGAUAAUCGAAAUGUGCACAGAUGAUUCCUACAGUUGCCACGGGCGGCAGCACUUUGUCGGUGCAGCAACUUUAUCGACUUAACGAUCGACAUAACCUUCAAAAGUUCAAAGGAUGAUGGUGAUCUUUCCUAAACCAGAUGUCUAAUACUCUGCUGUGCGAAAAAUAUCUUAUAAUUGGAGAGCAACGGGUGAUCAUUAUAAAAAGAACGUAUGAUCUGAGGCUGAGAUGAUGACACAUCCAACAUGAUGAAGACGAACUUGAUAACGUCUCUGAGCAAGAGAACUGCCUCGCAGCUGCAUUAUACAUGUCGUCACGGUUCUACUGCCUCAAGCACAUGCAGUGCCUACGACCUGGUGAUCGUCGGCGGUGGCAUUAUCGGUUGCGCUACCGCUCGCGAGAUGAUCAUGAGACAUCCGAAUAUGAAAAUGGCUAUUGUGGAGAAGGAGAAUGUCCUAGCCAUGCAUCAAACAGGGCAUAACAGCGGAGUGGUACACGCCGGCAUUUAUUACACACCUGGAAGUAUGAAGGCAAAGCUCUGUGUGGAAGGAUUAAAACUCAGCUAUGAAUAUUUUUGCAAAAAUAAUAUACCUCACAAGAAAAUUGGCAAAUUGAUUGUCGCCCAAAAUCUGAAUCAAAUCAAGAAGAUAGAUGAUCUUUUCGAUCGAGGCACAAAGAACAAUGUACCGGAUCUUGAAAUCGUUGAGAAAGAUUGUAUAUCUAAAUACGAACCAAAGUGCAAGGGAGAAAAAGCUAUAUGGUCGCCGUGGACAGGUAUAGUAGAUUGGGCAGUUGUCUGUAAAGCUUUUGCUGAAGAUUUUAAGAAAAUGGGUGGUGAGAUUUUUCUCAAUUUUGAAGUAAUCGGAUUCACGGAGAUGAUGGAAUCAAAAGGAGAAAGCCAAUUAGCUCCCAUAUCCGUUCAAUCAAAAACUCGAUGUAUACCAACAAAAUACGUGCUGACAUGCGCCGGUCUGCAUUCGGAUCGUCUGGCAGUAAUGACAGGCUGCGAUCUAAGUCCACGAAUAGUGCCGUUUCGCGGCGAGUAUCUUCUUCUAAACGAUAACAAAAGACAUCUUUGCACGACUAAUGUGUAUCCGAUACCCGAUCCCAGAUUCCCAUUUCUAGGUGUGCACUUUACUCCGAGAAUAACGGGCGAAAUCUGGCUAGGUCCUAAUGCUGUUCUCGCAUUCGCUAGAGAAGGCUAUAGCUGGUUCGAUAUAAAUAUAAGAGAUUGCAUAGAAAUGGCAAAGUUUCCCGGUUUAUACAAAUUGUGCUUCCGAUAUUUUCUACCAGGCUGCAUGGAAAUGAUAAAAUCGAUUUUCUAUCCACUAGCAGUAAAAGAUCUACAAAAGUUUAUUCCCGAAGUUUCGUAUAGAGAUGUCAGAAGAGGACCAGCGGGUGUGAGAGCGCAAGCGCUAGAUAAAGACGGCAAGUUAGUAGAUGAUUUCGUUUUUGAUGGAGGUACUGGUUCAAUCGGAAGUAGAGUAUUGCAUUGCCGAAAUGCGCCGUCACCCGCUGCGACUAGUAGUAUGGCAAUAGCAAAAUUUAUUGCUGAUAAACUCGAUCGCGACUUUAAAUUUUAAAAUAUCAAUGUUAAUAUAUGUUAAUAUAUAUAUAUAUAUUUGUGUUUAAUCGUUCAAAAUAAAAAUAAAACGGAACAGGACACUAAGAGAAAAAGUUUCCAAAGAGGAUAUAUA